AAGAAUUUCUAGACUCUUCAUCAAGAUCUUUAUUUUCACAGCUGUUAAAUCCAAGGAUAUUGUGGUGAAAAGCAUGAAUAAAAAUAAGUCUGCUCUAGCAACAUCCAGUCUACUUGAAAAGGAUCCUGCCUUUCAGAUGAUUACAGUUGCCAAGGAAACAGGUCUUGGUCUCAAGAUCCUAGGAGGAAUUAAUAGGAAUGAAGGUCCCUUGGUAUAUAUUCAAGAAAUUAUUCCUGGAGGAGACUGUUAUAAGGAUGGACGUUUGAAGCCAGGAGAUCAGCUUGUCUCAAUAAAUAAGGAAUCCAUGAUUGGUGUAUCAUUUGAAGAAGCAAAAAGCGUAAUUACCAGAGCCAAGUUGAGAUCAGAAUCUGCUUGGGAGAUAGCAUUCAUAAGACAAAAAGCUGAUGGAAAUCAUCCAGAAAAUCUGUCUCACACGUUACUUUUACAAGCUUCAGGAGAAUAUGGACCUCAGACCUCAACAUUUAGUAUUCUUUCUUCUCCCCCUGAAAUACUUAUUCCGAAGACCUCAUCAACUCCCAAAACAAUAGAUGCCAUUUUACCUCCUUUUAAGACUAAUCAGAUAAAAACUGGAUGCAAGAAAACAGAACAGACUCCAAUUACUUCUUCAGACAACAGCCCUACAGAAACGUCUAAUACAGAUAUUGCCUCUGCCUGGACUGAUAAUUAUGGACCAAAAGGAAAGAAGAUUUCCCUAAAUCCCUCUUUUCGUCUUAAGGCAGAGAAACUGGAAAUGGCUCUAAAUUAUCUUGGUAUUCAGCCCACGGAGGAGCAGCACCAAGCCCUGAGGCAGCAAGUGCAAGUAGAUUCAAAGGGGACAGUGUGUUUUGGAGAUUUUGUCCAGGUUGCCAGAAGCUUGUUUUGUUUACAGUUGGAUGAAGUAAAUGUUGGUGCACAUGAAAUUUCCAACAUCUUAGAUUCACAGCUUCUUCCCUGUGAUUCUUCAGAAGCAGAUGAAAUGGAAAGGCUUAAGCGUGAGAGAAAUGAUGCCUUGGAAGAAGUGAAUACACUUAAGGAAAAAUUAUUUGAAUCAGAAAGGCAAAGGAAACAAUUGACAGAAGAACUCUGCAGUGUGAAACAAGAAGCAAAAGCUGUAGUUGAAGAAACAAGAGCCCUACGAAGUCGGCUUCAUCUUGCUGAAGCUGCGCAGAGGCAGGCACGUGGAAUGGAAAUGGACUAUGAAGAAGUCAUCCGUCUGUUAGAGACUGAGAUUACAGAGCUCAAGACUCAGCUUGCUGAUUAUUCUGACCAAAAUAAAGCAAGCGUUCGGGCUUUAAGAAAGAGAAUCACAGUACUUGAUUGCCAAUUGCGAAAAUCGGAACUGGCUCGAAAAACUUUUGAAGUAUCCACUGAGAAACUUCUUCAUUUUGUAGAGGCCAUUCAAGAAAUAUUUUCUGAUAAUUCUGCUUUAUCAAAUUUAAGUGAAAGAAGAGCCAUGUUAGCUUCUCAGACUUCCCUCACAUCUCUGGGAAGGAAUGGACGUAAUAUCCCAGCAAACCUGGCGCUUGAAUCUAAGGACCUUGUUAAAUCAGUCCGUGCCAUACUUGAUAUGGAUUGUCUACCUUACGGGUGGGAGGAAGCUUACACAGCAGAUGGAAUCAAGUACUUCAUCAAUCACGUAACACAGACUACAUCCUGGAUCCAUCCUGUGAUGAGUGCACUGAACCUGUCUUGCUCAGAGGAGAAUGAAGAUUUCUCCAGAGAACUUCCUGAUCAGAAGAGUUGAUGAUUUUUCUGUAGGAAAAUGAGCUAUGUGGUCUUCUGACAUCUCAGUCUACAAGGAUGACUUGAACAGAUACAAACAGCCACCCAACUCUGAGAUGCAACUGCCCAAAAUAGGAAUAAAGCACCACUGCUUGUCAAAGUUGUAAAAUAGAGGCUCUAGAUUUAAGCUCUGUUUGUAAAGCUUUCCAAUGUAAUUGUAUACAUUCACAACAUCAGUUGGCACUGUAAUAGUUCUUUAAGAACAAUCUUAUCAUUUUUAAAAUUCAUACAUAAUUGGAUUUUAUUACCUGUGUGAUUUUUCAUAUAUAAAUUAAUCUUUAUAAUUUUAUAUGUAGUUUAUAAGGUACCAGGUGUAUGAUGGUUUUUAUAAUUGUCUUCUAUUGAAAAAUUAUGUGAAAAUAGUGAAACUUCAUUUUAUUUGACAAUUCUCUAACCUUUUAUAAUUAUAUCUUAGGAAAGUGAUCUCAGCAAGCUUUGGGGAGUUUCUUAAAGAUUAUAUUUAGACAACUAUUUCACAGGCUGCUGAAUUCAGGUUAACUCUAAUUUCCAAUUUACAGAAUGACUUUUCAGACCCUGUAUUCUUUUAAGUCAUACAACACCCCUGUGAGGCAGAGCCAUUGGGUAUUUUUCUUCCUUUUUUUUUUUUUUUGGUCAGGGAGGUAGUGGUGGAAAGCAAUGAAGCACCCUGUCCCGGGGCUGGGACUCACUCCUUGAUCUUCUGAUUCUAAGUCCAGCCCCCUUCCCACCACACCCUGUUGUCUCUCUGAGGGAGGUCACAGCCCAACUUGCAGGCACCAGGCACUGUGGUUCUGUUGACACAGCUGUGCACUCCAGUGGCCACAGAGCUGCAAACAUGCCCCCUCCGUAACUCCACUAUUCUUCCCCUAUAGGCCCUCUCCCCUUCUUUAUUCCACCCUCUUCACCCCCAAACACACCCCAGGUAAGGGUACAGCUUUGUGAUCUUAUUUCUACAGGCUUUUUUCAGCGGCUCACAGUUUUCUAAAGUAAAGGGACUGGCUCACAUCACUGAUUUUCUCUGCUUAGGUGGCCCUUGCCAGAGAGUGUACCUGAGGGGAGCUGAUCUGGACAUUCCGCUGGUAUCAGUAGAGACCUCCCUGAACUCCCCUGCUGCGAGUUCAAGCCUGAUCGGAUUAUUGCUUAUAUCACCCUCCAAACUGACUCUACUUUUGAUUGUACUUUACUUUGUUAUUAUAGUUAGAUAAUAAACUUAAUGGGGAAUGUGAGAAAGAAUUAUUAAUUCAUCAGAAUACUCUGUUCCCAAGCCAUGCCUGAUAACACAGAGAAGUUGCUGAUUGUCAUCCUGACUUCUCCCUCCCCCCCUGCCGUCCCCUCUCUUUCUGAAUUACAGGCAUGAAAAAGGAACGCAGAACCUUGAGGUUCCAGGAGGAACCAUGAGGAUCACCUGAUUCAGUGAUUUUCAGAAGUUUUUUUGUGGGGGAAAAAAUUCAUUUUCAAUUAAUUACUUUCCAGAAUCCCAAUAUAUAACAGAUUUUUAAAAAUUAUUGCUGCUUUGCUUGAAACAAGAUGGAGGCCUAGGGCCCAAGGAAAGCAGCCCCCAGCACUGCUGUGCAAACCUAGAGCUCCAGAGACCAUUGUAUAAGAACCAUCAAUUUUAUAAAUGGGUAAACUGAGACCCUAAGAGGGAAACGGCCGCAAGUACACACAGAGAGUUCGUGGCCAGGUCAAGAUUAGACCUGGAUUCUAUAGUACCCAGUCCAUUGAAUUGCAUAUGAAAGAUAAUACAGACAUAUAUAGUGAAUGUACAGACAUAUAUAUUGAAUAUAUGUACGCAUUGUGCUCAUCCAUACAUAUUUAUUAACAUUCCUGAAUAUAUUUAUGAUUUAUAAUUCAUAUCUUGCAUAAUAAUAUAAAGUCAAAUCCAGACUGUGGUAGUCAUUAGCCCAGAGAAAAGUUUCAGAAUGGCUGGAGAUGUCUCUUUUCCUGACAGCUAUUUGAAUAUUAAGAGGCUUCAGGGAGACAAGUUUUGAGAGACGCCCCUGAGGGAAAUAUUUCCUUAAGUCCGCCAGAGGUGAGUGUGAUUCUCAAACACCUGAAGUUACUUUUAUGAGUUAGUAUCUAGAAUUGUGAAAGUACAGCCUUUUUGCUGUUGCCAAAUUAAUGGUAUGAAAUUUCCCUCCCCCUGUUUGGAGUGUUUUUCUCAUUUGCUUCACAGUGAGAAAAAUAGAGGAGAUGCUAGAAUCACUUGAAAUCAAGGUCCUUGGGUACACAUUUCACUGACAGAUGCCUCAUACUUUAGUUUUGCUGUUUUGUGCCAUUUUCUUCCCUUCUUCUGUCAAAUAACUCAUGGAAAAAGCACAUAAAAAAUUAUGACUUCAUUUACUGAGCAUUGUGUGCCAUACCUUGUGAUGGGCAGUAGGAAGUAUAAUUAUCUCCAUUUCAUAAAAAAGAACUUAAGGAUCACAUAGCACCAAAGUCUAAAAGCUGGGGUUCAAAGUCAGGUCUCUGAUUCCAGAGACUGCUCCAAACCACUGUGCAGUGCUGCUUAGAUAUGUUUGACCCCAGGGACAGAGCUGGGAUCUAUAGGACAAUAUGAUAGAGAGGCACAUUCCAGUUCAGUGCAGUAAGGAACUUUGUGGUCUUUAGAGCUCAUCAGAAAAUAAUGCCCCAUCACAACAUGGAAGCACUGUCCCACGAGGUGGUUGGUAAUCUGGAUGCCUUACUAGGUGGAUGUUGCUUAGGAGGUUUGAGGUCUGAAGUGUUCAGACCGUUUGAGCACUCUCUGAGAUUCUUUCCUCUAUGCUUCUUUGAUUUUCUAAACCAGCAGGUAAAUGCACUACAAGAUGCUCAAGGAAACACUGUGGGGACUCAUGAAGAAUCCUUUUCCAAUUAGAAUAGGACCCUUCCAAUUGUUUUUUUGGUGAGUCAACUUUUAUAUUGCCAGUCCUGCCUUAAGAUAAAUCAACCCUAUCAAUGUGAACAUCUUAAACUCUUCUCCAUCGACCCACUAACUCGGAUUUUAGAGUUAGAAAAUCCGAGUGUUCUUUUGCACCUCUGUCUUACUUUGCCAAAGAACCAUGGCUACAGAAUUCUUAUUCAUUCUCAGAAAAUACUUACUGAACACCAACGAUGUGCCAGGCACUGUGCUAACCAUUUCCUCAGUGUUACUUAUAGUUGAUUAAGCAGAAAACAAAAAUAAAAAGUUUCUCACAUGGCCAGAAUUAAACAGUUUGUUUUUUUUAAUUUUUGAAUUUUAAAAAGAAAUUUUCACUUAAAAAAAUCAAAUAGUGCAGAAUUGAAUAAAGUAAAAAAAAGAACCUCUCUUACUUUCCAGAGGUUACUAUCAUUAAUACUUUGGUGAAACUUUGGUGAAUGUUUAUCCAAAGGAGAUGAUAUUACUCAGCAGCUGCUUUUUUUUUUUUAAUCAUCAUUUUAUUGAGAUAUAUUCACAUACCACGCAGUCAUACAAAACAAAUCGUACAUUCGAUUGUUCACAGUACCAUUACAUAGUUGUACAUUCAUCACCUAAAUCAAUCCCUGACACCUUCAUUAGCACACACACAAAAAUAACAAGAAUAAUAAUUAAAGUAGCAGCUGCUUUUGACUUAACAAUAUAUUGUAAUCUUCUUUUCCUGUCAAUACAUGGGUUAAUGUUAUUUUUCAAAUGUCCUCAUAAAAUAUUAUUACCCAGAUAACGCAUGGGAUUGCUGAGCGUUUAGGCUGUUUCAGUUUUUUGUCAUUACAAUGUCACAGUAAACAUUCUUACAUUUAUUAAAUCAUUUUCCUAAUUUCUGUACACUCUUGUGCCAAUAUAUCUCUAAUGUGAAACAUUCAUAAAAGUAAAUUGCUAGGUCAAAGUUAUAUUCAUUUUAAUUUUGAUAGACAUUUAUAAAUUCUCCAUAAAUGUAGAACCAAUCUAUACUACCACUCAUAGUCUGAGAGCUUUUUUGCUCUAUAUUAUAGAGCUUAUUUUAAAAUCCAAAGAUUGUCAGUAGCUUUCCUGAUUAAGUUUUUUAGCCUAGAAAAAUGACCUUAUCAUCAUUGUCCAGGAACCUGAAUUUUUUAAUCAUCAGGUUUUAAAUUCCUAUUAGCAGCGGAGCCUGACUCAGUCUACAUAGGAGAGUCUAACAAUGACUGAUUUCUUUUAUCUUUUUAGUUGAAAAUAUUCACUUUUUCUACUUUAUAGAAAAUGGUUGUGAAGACCAACUUUGAAAUGAGCUAGCUUAGUGUCCUUAUAAAAUGCAAAGCUCUGUACAUACCCACAAGUUCUUUGGACUUCAGUUUCCCCAUUCUGAGUAAUAAGGAUAAUCACCUGCCUCUUCACAAACCAAUUGAACUCAGCAAACAUUUCCUGAGCACCUACUAAAUGCCAGCUAAGUGCAAAGUUUUGGAAUUACCACACAGAAUACUACAAAUUCCCAAAUCAAGAAGCGCAUUGUCUAAUACAGUCAAUUAGCAAAAUCUUUUCCUUUCCUUUAUUCUUUUAACAAACCUUUCAUUUUGCAUUAUAGGGAUUAUACAGAUUUGUUUAUUAUAAACCCCUGCAGAGAGGUCUCUUAAAUUUAAAUAAUUCCCAAAUAGUGUUAACACCCGGCUUCUCCAAUAAUAAAUGUAAUACCAGCUGUCAAAAUACAGGGUCAAAUGAUACUUUCCUAAAAUAUUUGCAAGAUUAGAAAAUAUUAUCCUUUUCCUAAGGGGAGAUGGGACAUUUUUAUUUUCUCUGCUAAAUAAACUGCAACUUUUUUAAGGUCAAUAAACUUGACAUUUUUACAAUACACAGAACAGAAGAACUGAACAAACAUUAAAACAACUUACAUGUUAUACUGCAUAUAACUUUUGAGAAGAUGAAAACAACUUUAAACAGAAUUUUCCUGUGGAGUUUAACUUUAGAAAUGAAAUACCCAGGAUCUUUCAACCACAACUAUCUAUAUGUAAUAUUGUGCUUGUGUGAUGAUUUUAUAAAUAUUAAAUGCAAUUCUGUAUUUGCUUUCUUCAUAUGACUUUUUACAUUUAAACCAAUACUGCAUUUGUUAAAUUUUUUUUAACUUAGAUUUUUAUUGUCUCAUUGGGGUGGGAGUGAUCUGAGGGAAAGGGCAAUCAGAUCAAUAGUUCCCUCCCUCCAUCCCCAUCCCAUUUCCAAAUUAUUCUCUAUUAUUUCACCCUGUGUAUUCCUUUUACAUUAUUUAACAAUUUGUUAUAAUCUUGCUUAUUUCUGUAUCUUCUUCAAUAAUAGGAGUAAUAAUGCGAGUAAGCUCCAUGAGGGCAAGGACAUAGUCUGUCUUUCUCACCACUGUAUUCUCAGGGUCUACCACAGUGUCUUGUCAAUACAGUAGACGUUUGAAGGGAAUGUUUAAUAUGUUGCCUAUAAUGAAGAUUUAGUUCCCAGUCAUGCUCUCAUGCUCUUGUAUUUAUUUAUUCACUUAACCCCACUUACUGAGUACUACUAGGUGCCAGACAUUUUGCCUGCGUUCUAGGGAUACAGUUCAAAACAGAAUACUUCUGGCUCCAUGGAAUUUGUAUUCUAUAUC